CUAGCGGUCGCCAUAUACGCUGUCGAACAAACACCGUUAGACGCCCCAUUACACAUUGUAUGCACAAGUAACGCACUUGCAGAAAUGAUCACAGAUAAGGUCCCCGACUGGGAAGACAGAGGCUGGAUUGACGUAGCCCUGGAAGAACACAUGCGUACUCUCCUGAACAAACUGCGUCGACGCUGCGCACCUACCACAUUCAGACGUGCGGUAAAACCAACCGACCUGAAAGUACUGGGUGCCGCCAGACAACAAGUGUCGGAGCCCGACCCGCAGAUCUUCAAACACCAACCUUACGCACCAUUGUCUCGUGACUCCCGUUUCGAAGUGACGGGAGCUCGUUUGGCGAGGCUCACACAAUCUAUAGCGUACAAAGGCAUUCUGUCCCAGAAGUCUACAGCUCCCCGUAAACAAACUGAAGUGAAUAUCGCUGCAAUCAGAAGACAUGAAGAACGGAACGGACCUAUAACGAGUGCGACAAUCUGGUCGAACGCCCGACACAAAGACUUCACCAGACCUUUCGCAGUAUUCCUAUGGAAGUGCAUCCACGGCGCCCUGAAAUGCGGAAACUUCUGGUUCAAAAUCCCCAACUAUGAGGACCGAGCGCAGUGCAGCUUCUGUGGAGAAAUAGAAUCACUCCCGCACAUCCUCUUCGAAUGCACGGCCACCGGUCAGCGAGAUAUAUGGGAAAUGACCGCGACCAUAUGGAGAAAAAAGAACUUACCCUGGAUAACCCCGACAGUCGAAACUAUCCACACCCUAGCCAUUACAGAAUGGACAAAUGAUCAAAACAAGACACGCCCAGGAGCAAAUAGGCUCUGGCGAAUCCUCGUUUCAGAAGCUGCCCACCUAAUCUGGAAACUCCGGUGCGAGAGAGUGAUCGGUCACGAGACUGACCGAGAAUGGACACACACGAAAACGCACGUCCGGCGCAAGUUCAUGUAUGUACUAAACAAUAGGCUGGCCAUGGACGUGGAAGCCACGAGGAAAAAGUAUGGAAAACUUGCACAAAAAGCUGACCUUGUCCUUGCCACAUGGAAUGGCACCAUCUUCGACGAACUCGCGCUCCCCGAAGAUUGGACCCGGUGCAAAGGUUUUUUAGUGGGUAGUUCACCAGCCUUACGUCUGUUUUUAGACCCAGGGUGA